AUGGGCGAGGCCUCUGCUGCAGCUCAGGAUCUUAAAACUGUCAUUACGACCACUCACAAGUUCAAAGAAUCGAAGCAUCACUUGUAUGUGAUCAAAGACCAGCAGAAUGUUUGCGUUGUCGGAAUUUUGAAAGUUGGCAGAAAGAAACUGUUUUUGGUGGAAGAAGAAGGCAUUCAAUACGAAAUCGAGCCGCUUUGUAUUCUCGAUUUCUAUGUUCACGAAAGUUUUCAACGUUUAGGAUACGGGAAGAAAAUAUUCGAGACUAUGUUGGGGAAUGAAAACGUAGAGCCCCACAAUCUAGCAUAUGACAGACCAUCUGAAAAGUUCUUGUCUUUUUUAAAGAAAUAUUAUAAUCUUGCAAAUUACACGCCACAACCGAAUAACUUUGUUGUAUUCCGAGAAUAUGAAUUCCAAGAGUUAGACAAAUCUCCUUCAAAGGCUACAAGAAGACUAUCCCAACCACACGACGAUUGCACCCCUCCCCGUACCAGAACCAUGCCUCACCACGGUCGUUGUUCUUCAUUGCCAGUCUCGCCACAAUCUACGAGUGUGUCGUAUGCUUCUGUUUCAGCGACUACGUUAACCGCACCGCCAACAGAGUCUUACAUCCAGGCAAAACGCAACAUUAUCAACCUCAAUCAAGAAUAUAGGCGCCAGAUGCUUUACGGAAGUAAUCCUUUGGUAUGA